GAAAGAGAAAUGACUGGUUAGAAAUAACCCUGAACUUUACAUUUAACUCCUGCCAACUCAUAACAACUUAUAAUCAUGGAAAUGUUUUAAUGAAAAGCCCAUUAUUGGAAUUUCCACAAUUCUGAUCCUAUUAUUAUCUACCCCAAUAAAAUACCACAAACUACAGCCAUAGAAGUCAACUCCUCUCUGACAGCAUCUGAAGAAAUUUUUGGAAAAUGAUGCACAAAGGUAGUAUUCACUACAGGGCUCUUGCACUGGAUUGCAUUACAUUAAAGAGGAGUUUCAAUUUUCCUGUUCACAACAGUUGCUUAAGAGUAGGCAACUAAGGCCGGGAGUACAUUCCAUUUGAAUUACUAGUUUUUGAUUUUUCCUGUGUCUAUGGACAUUUCACAGGCAAAAUGGCUGCCGUUUAUGAUGCAAUAAACCAAGAACACUGGAUACAUGGUUUAAAAAAGAAAGAAAAAAAAAAACCUAACAUGCUAGUGCACAAUUGCCUGUGACUGAAAGUAUAAUGGGUCAGCUUUGUGCAUACUGCAGUGAUCGAAACCAAAUGAUUCACUUUUGCCACAAAAACCUGCCAUUUUACUGGUACAAACAUGUCAGACUUGUUUUGGUUAGAGCGUACUGCUAAUCUCACUGGUCAAGGUCUGGUAAUAAUGAAUUCUAAUUGGGAGGCAACAAAACCAAAUACAACCUUAUCCACAAAAAACAUUUAAUGGAACUGUUCCAUCAAAUAAAUUUCACUUCAGUCCAAUUUCUGGCUCAAUCAGAUCUGCAUUUUUAUCUCCAUGGAAGUGUGCCAUACUGUGCAGCACUGCAAUACUGGUGAUGAUGUGUUAUUUGACAUAUUACUGAUGCACAGUCUUCCUGAUAUCCUUCCUAACUUUCUUAAGCAGAAAUAAGCAAAAACAUUAUGUAAAACUUUUUUGCAUGCCGUUUUUUUCAACCUAGUAGUAUUUAUUUUGCCUAGUCACCAUUGGGUACAUUCAUAGUCACUGAAUAAAUGAAGUUAUUACCUAUAGCUCAAGUUAUCUCAAAUCGCUAUCUAAUUUCAAAUAGCCAGUGCCACAUGUGAAAGUGAACUUGGUUAAUUAGUAAGAUGUUGGGUGACCAGGAGCCACCAGAAUAGCUUCAGUACUACAAGAACAUAUUAAAAAGGUGCAGAGAUAUCAGUAAUAUUUUGCUCAGACCAGUUUUGUACUCUAGGAUCAACACAAAUACUGCAUUCUACACUAAACUCUUAACUUAAACGCAGUGUGUGAUAUGUAAGCAGAGUCGAGCUGCGGCUUUCAAUAAUCAUUUUUGAAAUUAUCCAUUUGCUUCUUCCCAUUCUCCGUUCACACUGAGAUAAAAUGCUCAAGUUCACGAUUUACCACAUUUGAUGCUGCCCUGCAGCUAAAUUGUAUGCUGCCAAGCAAAAGUUUGUGGUAGCAUGCAAAGUCAAUGGAAAGACACAAACAAAUUAGUCAUAAGUGGUGUCUCCACAAGUGGUUUCAUUACAAGCAAAACAUUUGCAGUUAACCCAAACUGAACUACAUGAUUCCACGUUAUUAAUAUACAGAGAAUAAAAAUGAAAUAGGUCUGGUGGUGACAAAACAACAACUGCACUGUUAAAUUUUGAAGUCAGUUUUGAGUUUGCGCUGUCAUACACACCUUUACAGUACAUGUACAUUCACCUCACACAUGUCUGUGUAAUAUUACAGAAACUGCACUGAAGUAGGGUAAUUCCCAGGCCAACGGGCCAAAACUUUUUUGUACAUAGUAGGGCUGCAGCUAUCGAUUCUUUUUGAAGUCGAGUAUUCUACCAAAUAAUUCAGCGAUUAAUCGAGUAAUCAGAUUUUUUGUUUUUUGUUUUUUUUGCAUUUUUAAACAACAAUACUGUAACAGACCAUGUAUACAUAGAGGCAGGACGUCUGGGCAGUGGCGUUAUCAGAGGCUGCGAAGCCUGUCAGUCAUGGCAGUUGCCAUGGCAAUGAUUGGGGGCGAAGUAGCCAGCUGGGAUUUAGCGGAGGACCUGUGGGGGUGUGUGUGUAGGGAGAGAGACGUGACAGAGCAAAUGCUGAUAACGCUAUAUGCCGGUCUGAUUGCGUGUUUUAUUGUUAUGGCAUUGCCCACAGUAGCCAGCGUUCAAGCUGAGGAAUAAAGACCAGCAAAACCAGCUCAUGCUUCGUAGCUCCAUUAUUCCGGGUUGCUACAAUACUAGUGCAUAAUGUGUGACAGAAACGAAUCCCAAACUUUGGACAUCUUUUGUCUUUUGCGGAACGUCUCUUCACUCUCUUCCAAAGCGCCAACUUUUUGACUCUGAGUCGCGUGCGUCACCGUUUACAGUCCGUGUAGAACACGAUCCCCAGGGCGGAACGCGAAUGACUACUUAAACAAAAUGAAUGAUUAAACGAAUACUCGAGGCAAAAAUAAUGAUUGGAGGAUUUUUUGACACUUGAAUUACUCGGUUACUCGUUGCAGCUCUACUACAUAGUAUUUUUAAUGAGCCCGCUUGUGAGAACAGUAUAGUGGUAAUAAAAUAAAACACAGAUGCCCCAACUUUGUAAAAGCCACUUCACACUACAAACAGAAAUCACAUAAUAAAUCUACUGCUAUCAAACUAAUCCUUACAACAAAAAUACCAGAUGCUGUUGGUGGUGGCUUAUAAUAUGUCUAAAACUAAUCAACGCCUUUUGCUAUAUGAACAGUAAUGAUGAUAAAUAAAUCAUCAUGCAUAUUGCAGGCUAAAACUGCACCAGAACAAACAUUUUACAUCCCAUUUAGAAUCAAAAUGGUGGUGCAACACCAGGGUACAUUAUGAUACAGUACCAUUGUCUCCACUGUUUAAGCAAAGCUCUGGAGAUUGUUCUCAGCAAUUACAAGAUUAGAUAAGCAAAUUGUCUCACUGUACCUCUUCAUACACACAAUGUUUAUUUCACUCCAUCCUGAUGUAAUUAGGGGUGGGAAUCACAGCGUAAUUCUAACACAAUACUAUUACAAUGAUUAUGUGCUCUGUAAUAAUGAGUAUCAGGAUACUAAAGAUUCUCUUAUGUGAAGAUAUCAUAUUAUUUGUGUAACUGUUCAGAAACAAUAAAUUAUUUCUCCCAAAACAGUCAUUCGGUUAUACUUAUUCAAAGAAUUAUGUAUGACUUUCAGUUUUGGAGAUGUUUGUGUGAGGUUCACGACAAACAGGCAUGGAGGGAUGAACUGCUAAAAACAUCUACAUUUAAAGCUGAAAACACCUCAAGAGAACAAAUCCUGACAUUAAUACCAAUGUAUCAAUAAUGCAUGACAAGAGUAUAUACUCAGAUGCAGGUUUAUUGGGGCACUUAUGUUAAGUUUUUGUUGAUACUGUUUUAGAGAGGCGCUGAUCCAAUUUUAUACUUAUUUAACUGGCUGUAGUUUGUGGUGCUGUUGAACUGUGUUGAGUUACUAUGGGGUGUUCCUUGGGGGUACCUGGAGAAGGUAAAAUAUUAGAAAUAUCUCUUGGCAUAGUCACAGACAAUGUUUGCGCAAGUUUUGGCAGUUACAGUAUCUGUUUCUUGAGCGUGCAGAGCAAACUUUGACGGUCUAUAAAAUCUAAAAAAAAAAAAAAAAAAAAAAAAAAAAAAAAUCAAGUAAUCACCUGUAACUCAAUCCCUAAAUAAAAAAGUGUUUUAAGAGGCUAGGCAAAACUAGUUACUCUGGACAUGUGGAGAGUAACUAGACAUUUACAGGAAAGGUAAAUUCAAGUUAACUAGCCGACUGUCACACUCUGCAUGUACAAAACUUUAAUUUAUUUGACAGAUGCAAUUUUUUUUGAAUAAUUUAUUUGUUGGUGCUGCAGAAAAGCUUAAAAUCAAGUAGUUGGAUAGACCUAAAUACUAUUUUAAAAAGAAUCACCAUGUCACUUGUCUCUGCUGUAGAAACAACUGCCAUGCAGCUGUACUGUAUCUAUAGUACUGCUAUUUUACCCACAUUCAUCUUAGGGCUCGUUUAAAGUGAAACGGUGCCAGUCAAAACACAUUCGUGUAUAAAAUGCAACGCCAUCUCUUAAAAAUGUAAAUGAUGACAUGUCUAUCAAGACCACUUUCCAUUUUAUUCUGUACCCAACUCUAACGUUAGUUAAGUGAAAGGAAAUGGAGGCCCAAGUUGACGAUAAGCCGAAAGGGUUGUACUAAGUUUCCCCCCGAUAUUUAAAUUUACAUCUAUAUCUUUUAGCUUUUUGUUCGUGUUGAUCCACCCAAACUCAUGAGUCCUGUUUUUUUUGUGUUUUUAAAAAAAGCUUAUUAAGUUUGACCUACGUACGGUGGAGGCGGUGUGGCCAUUGCCCCAGACUUUUACCUCCUCAACGGAGCGAUACUCACUGUACUCACAGGCUUUCUACUUUGGUUACGGGAGACAAUCAGCCGCCCAGCAUGGCUGUUCUGUUCUGGAUGAUGCAUUCAAGAGAUAUUUUCCCCUCAUAUUUCCAGACUACACUCAUGCGAUUUGUUUCUGGCAGACCAUUCACAGUUGAGGUCAGUGUUGACCAUGAUGAUUGUGAGAGUUACCCAAAGGAGGACUCUUCUGAGAGAUACAACCUGACUGUCUCUGCAGGACAUGCAUCUCUGAAUGCUGAAACCGUGUGGGGUGCCAUAAGAGGUCUGGAAACCUUCAGUCAGUUGGUGUAUCAAGAUGAUUUUGGCUCAUAUUUUGUGAACAAGACUGAGAUUGAAGACUUCCCCCGGUUUCAGUUCCGAGGGAUUUUGUUGGACACUUCACGCCACUUCUUACCUGUCCAGGCCAUUUUGAAAACACUGGAUGCAAUGGCCUACAGUAAGUUCAAUGUGUUCCAUUGGCACAUUGUUGAUGAUCCCUCCUUUCCUUACCAAAGUAGCACAUUUCCAGACCUUUCCAGUAAGGGGGCUUUCCGUCCGAUGACUCACAUCUACACACAGUCAGAUGUGAGAAGGGUGAUCUCACAUGCCAGGCUACGGGGAAUAAGGGUCCUUCCUGAGUUUGAUUCACCCAGCCACACACAAUCUUGGGGAAAAGGACAGUCUGACCUGUUGACUCCUUGCUACAAAGGGGGCGCCCCUUCAGGUACUUUUGGUCCUGUUAAUCCAGCGUUAUCCUCCACCUACCAGUUCAUGGCGAGACUAUUUAAGGAAGUGUCAUCAGUGUUUCCUGAUUCCUAUAUCCACUUAGGAGGGGAUGAGGUAGACUUUUCCUGCUGGAAAUCUAAUCCUGAUGUGCGAGCAUUCAUGCAGAAGAUGGGAUUUGGAACAGACUUCACCAAACUGGAAGCUUUCUACAUAGAGAGCAUCGUGAAUAUCACUUCAGCUCUAAACAGGACAUCUAUUGUGUGGCAGGAUGUGUUUGACAAUCAUGAACGACGUAACUCUCUGUCAGUGGUGGAGGUAUGGAAACACGGCUGUUACCUGUGUGAAGUACGCAAGGUGGUUAAAGCAGGACUCAGAGUGAUUCUAGCCUCUCCAUGGUAUCUGGACCAGCCAGGACCCACACACAACUGGGCCCGCUACUACACUGUAUGGCCCCUUGCCUUCAAGGGUACUGAGGAACAGAAGAAGCUGGUAAUAGGGGGUGAGGUCUGCAUGUGGGGGGAAUAUGUUGAUGCCACAAAUCUCAGUCCACGUCUUUGGCCAAGGGCAAGUGCUGCAGCAGAGAGACUGUGGAGUGAUGAGAAGCAAACAUCUAGUGUGGAAAAGGCAUCUCCUCGUUUGCAGGACUUUCGCUGCAGGCUCCUUAGGCGUGGUAUUCAAGCAGAGCCUCUGUAUGUUGGACACUGCAAACAUGAGUACCAAGGGGUCUGAAGAUGUUGGAUGGAUUAAAAUUGCAAGAUUUUUGCAGAGAAUGUUUGAACUAAACAAAGUUCAUAAUUGCCUUUUUAUUUGAUAUGGGGUGACAAAUCUUGUGUGGGGCAUUUAAAGUGGUGUAAAACACAUUUGACAUUUUGUUUCUCCAGUUUUAAGUAUAUAAGUAUCUACAUCCUUGUAGAUUGUAAAUGCUUUCUCAGGGAGUUAUAUCAUAACCUAUAUUUUUUCAUUAUUAUUUUUGUAAUAACUAUUUGAGUAAUGUGCUUUUUAUUUUAAGUUUUGCAUUUUAAGCAGUCACAAUAUAAAAUUGUGAACUGUACUGCUAUGUUGAAUUGUACUGUUGCAAAUUACUGCAAAAUAUACAAUGUGGAUGUUCAACUGAAACAUUCACAAUGCUGUAGGCUGUACUGCAUUGUACUGUAUUGCAUUGAAAUGUAAUAAAAUAUUAG